AUGGUCCUUGCUCAUAUCAAUGACAAAUGGAGAAGGUAUAAGACUACAAUAAAGCAAACUAAUUUUCUGCCAUACAAAUGUGUUAAUGAGAUGCUGAAAAAUUGUCCUAAGAGCAUACCUGAGAGUCAUUUUCGCAAGUUAAUUGCUUAUUGGAGAAUUGAGAAAGCUAAGAAAAUGUUUGCACAGAAUAAGAAAAAUAGGGCACAACAGAAAUUUAGGCAUCGAAAGGGACCAAUAAAUUUUGCAAGAAUACGUGCAAGAUUGGAAAAUAAUGAACCAUCUACUCAAGCAGAAAUGUUUGUUGAGACUCGCCAAAGCACAAAGGAAAAAUCAUUGGAUGAAGACACUCUGGAUGUUAUUGCACAUUUGCAAGAUGAGAAUAAAAAGUCUAAAAAAUCAGCAAUUAGAGCUUUCCAAUCCAUAUUUGGGAAAGAGAAGGCAGGGAGAGUGCGAUGUCACGGAAGAGUUACCAUACCAACUUUGUUGAAGAAAAAUGAAGAAAUUACCACCCUUAAGCAGCAAUAUGCAACUGAGAAAGCAACAUUAGAGAAUAAGGUUGAUGUGAUGCAAAAAGAAGUAGAUGAACUAAAAUCACUUGUUAAGAUGAUGCUGCAACAAAAAAGCUCUGGAGUGGACUUUGACAUGUUAGCUGCUCAAUUAGGAAGCACUUUAGGCAAUCCGAACAAUGAUGCGCAUGAAGAGGAAAACUAUGUUGAAGGGGAAAUCGAACUUGAUUAA